AUGUCUGCGGGAAAUGUGCCAAAAGAUGAACCUGAGUUGAGGAUUGCAUUGUUGGGGAAAACAGGUUCAGGGAAAAGUUCAUCAGGAAAUACCAUUUUGGGAAAAGAAGUUUCUAAAGUGGAUUUUUCUCUUGACUCAGUGACAAAAACAUGUGAGAAACAAGAAGCGGUGGUAGAUGGGAAGAAGGUAUGUGUGAUUGACACCCCGGGGCUGUAUCACACUUCAUGGUCAAAGCAAAUAGAAAAGGAAAUAAAGAACUGUACCGUUGCAUGUUCCCCUGGACCCCAUGUGUUCCUCCUGGUGAUCAGACUUGGGGUGAAAUUCACUGAGGAGGAGAAGAACGCUGUGACGUGGAUUGAGGGGAAUUUUGCACAACACGUGAUACACUUUACAAUUAUACUCUUCACCUUUAAAGAUCACAUGGCGGAUUGCAAGAAAGACUUGGAGGAGUUUAUUGGACAAAACCAGUAUCUGAGAACUCUGGUGAACCGAUGUGGGGGGAGAUAUCACGUCUUUAACAACAGAAAUAAAGAGGACCGCACUCAGGUCUCUGGGCUGCUGCACAAGAUAGAGGCCCUGGUCAAGUGGAACGCAGGACAACAUUAUAGAUACUAUGAGUACAAUUGAGAAAAGCUAUACUGUGUUUCAAUGAUCUGAUAAAAAAAAAGGAUUUGUUUCAUGUACUUACUUUGU